AUGGUUGAUGUGGAAGACGCCGAGGGUCAAUCACCUAAAGACAGCUCUAAGGGAUCUGCACCAUCCAAACGCAGGUCACGGAAAGAGUCACGCCCGAGGCCCGAAUACGACGACGCCGUUAUGGUUGAUGCUGACCAAGGUCCAUCUGGUCCAGAUGACGGUGUGCUUGUCGAUACGCCCAGAGACCCAAGGGAUCGACGCUUGAAGCGUGCAAAUACUGCUCCGCCAAAGAAGCAAGAGUCUGGUGGUUUGAUGGGUCUCUUUGGGUCUUUGAGAAAGAACACUCGACCAGAAAUGCCUGAUCGACGUAAAUCCCGCUCGUACCGCGACGAUGAGUAUCGGUACAUGACCGAACCCGAACGCGAUGAUCCUCGACGAGCAGCACGCCGUGAUGACCGAGACCGUCGCCGUCGAUCUGUUAGACCAGAUACAGAUGCAGAGGGGUUCGCUACUGAUUUCGCUGGCGCCGCCGCUUUCGAGAUAGAACCUGAAGAUGCAGAAGCCCGUAGAGCUGCCAGACGAGCAAAACGCUCAUCUCGACAAGCUCCGUCUGACACGCGUGAUUUCGAAGAGGUACGAGAAGCCGAGGAACGUCGUGCGAGACGCAGAGAGAAAGAAAGAGCACGCGAGCAACGAGACCGGGAACUGGCAGAGGAAGAAGAGAGACGACGUAUCCGCCGCGCUGCACGGGAAGAACGUCGCGCACGCGAAGAACAAGCAGCCCGUGAAGCGGAGGCCGCUGCCGAAGCCGAAGCCAGAGCUGCAGAGAGACGCGAACGUCGUCGACUUCGGGACCUUCGGGACGAGGAGAUGGCCGCGCAAGCCAGACGGCGUCGUUCACGUGCUGAAGAGCCCGUAAAUCUCUACCCUGAUGAACGUCGUCGGGGCUCACGUACAGAUGACUCGAAGACCCGUCGCAGGCCCAGACCUAUUAUUGACGAAUACCCCGAACCUGCUAUGACUGGUGGCCUUCUCGGCAGACCAAAGGAUAAGACAUCUUCCUGGGUCUACUCUCAAGCCGAUGAACCACCAGAGCCUCCACAACUCGUCCCUACCUUCAUUGAUAUGCCUCCUGCUGCUGCUGCCGCUGCUGCUGAGGGCUUAAACGCUCACUCGCUCUCCUCUGACGAGGAAGCUCGUCGUGCGGUCCGUCGCAGAGCCCGUCGUCGUGCUAAAUACGGAGAUAUUCCCGACGAAGAAAUUGAUGACACGCGUUCUCGUCGUCGAGAAUCGCGCCGUGAUCCGAAGAGCAGCUCAGGUAGCGGAGACUAUGAACGAGACCGUGGUAUGCGAUCCCGUGGAAGUCGUCAAGAUGCUCCUCCAAGCUCUGGAACCAAGAAGUCAAGUUGGCUGCGCAAGCUUGCAAACUUUUAA